UGUUGGAGAUUCGUUGAGAUGGGAACUGCCAGAUGUUUCUGCUCCGAUCACUAUCCUCUCUACUGCUGGUCUCAAUGUACCACUAAUGCAGUCAGGUUACACUGUGACACUGAUUGCAUUCAACGACACUACAUUAACAUCUACUCUGUCAAAAACAGCAGUGAAUAGGAUCACUGUGUCCUGUGUGGAGCUUAGUAUGCCUGAUCUGACCACUAUAGGAUCUUCAACAAUCAGUUUGGUUGGUGAGUUGCAGUUAGUGUCUUGUCUAUUGUCUGUAUAUGCACUAAGUUACAUAAUUAGAUCCACCAGGACCACCGUCUACCAUCAGACACUCCACUCUGAGCAGCUCAGCUAAUGAAGUUAGUGUAUCUGUGCAGUGGAACCAUCCUACUGAGACUGGUGGUAGAGAUGACCUCACAUACACAGUGACAGUCUCACCUCCGGCCCAGCUCUCUGCUACUGUCCUCACAUCCACCUCUAUCACUGUGACUGCUCAAUACAAUAUGGACUACACUGUCAGUGUUGUGGCUAUCAACUGUGCUGGGAACAGUACAACAGCUGGGUACAACUUUAGGAUUGGUGGCUGUCCUGUGCUGACCAACCCCAUAAAUGUAGCCUUUGGACCAGUCUCCAGCAGAAUACCAGGAUCCACAGUAACCAUCCAGUGUGAUGCUGGAUAUGUGUCUGCUAUUGCUAUGGUGACAUGCGAGGGCAGUACAUUGAUAUGGAGUCCAGACCCUGAGGCUAUUGAGUGUACAUCACUAACCACAACUCCCCCUCCAAUAAACUGCACUGCUCCACUAUCCCCACCACUUGAACCAUCUACAGCUGCUCCUUGUAAUUGUGCCAGCCUAUCUGCAGCUGUCUCCACCAGUGUGGUUGUCACGGCAAUUCUAUUCACGAUAAUAGGAUUAUUUGUGGGACUCUUGAUAAUGUGUUUGCUCAUGCAUAAGAAGAAUUCGUGCUCUUCGUCAGCUAAAGAGCAAGCUAACGUAGGACCCACUGUACCAGCUGGUCCUGUUUAUGAGGAGGUGUCACCCAAAGAGGAGAUUGAAUUGAACACUAACCAGGCGUACGGACCACUAGGAUUGUAAAACUUUCAUCAACAGUUAAUUAAUGUACAUGUAAACAAUUAAUAUAGCACUACAUCCGUUCAUUAUCAACAACUUAAACAAUGUAAACAAUAACGUUGUUCAUUAAAAAGCUACU